GUUUUCUUAUUUUCUCACAAACGCCUGCGUCCAAUAAACACAAACUAACAUUGUUUAUUUUCCACAAAUCCUUGCAAACUCGAACGUUCAGACUUUAUCAAUCAGAGCAAAAUGUGCAACGCCGAUCGUUUAUCUUGGCGAUGUUUUUGAGUCGUCAAGUUAACCAUCCUGCGUCUACUUCGGCUUGUCUCUUACUCUGCUAUACGCUAUGCGACUACGUGUCCCACGGCCCGACGCGCAAACACAACAAAAGACGGCGGAAAACAGACAGCUCGAUCUUUCGCCGGCCAGCGCAGACCGAAUCAUUUUGUAUAAUUUUUUUUUUUUUUAACUAAAAUGACGAUUUCCCGUGAAAUUACUCGUAUCUAAAACAUACUCGAGAACGUUCGAUCAAAUAUGGCUUGUCUUGAGAAGACUCCGACCAAGUUCGACGAAUGCUUGGACAUCAAGGAAAAUGCCAGUGCACCAAAUCAGUCUGAAUUUGAGGUUCUGCGUUCAGCUACUGUUGAUGCACUCAUCAACAAGGAGAACACGGAGAGGAAAAUUUUGGCUCUGAGGCAUAUACUCGAGAAGGACUUGAAAGCUGCGGACUUGAAGUGGUCGCUGUUCGUGGCAGCCGUUUACACUUAUCGACAUGAUACUUGCCUCAGGCCAUUUCCACCUAUGUACAUAAAAAAUGAAACUAAAGAUAUCGAGUCUUUGAGAAAGGCUGUUGAGCUUGUGCCGCCAUUACCAAUUAUUGUUCAAGAACUAAAAGAGCCAAAUAUUUACAAAACUAAAGCAAAUACUAUAGAAUUGCUAUUUUGGGUUCUAAUAAGAUUGAAAGAUUUACAUAUCAAAAGUAUUAGUAAAGACUGCCAUGAAUCUGUAUUAAAAAGGGUAAACUCACAAAUGGCUGUUGCAGUCCCUAAUUUAAUUUUUCAAAUUGCAAGUGCCAAAUCAUCAGCUUCGGAAGACAGAUGGAGAGAGCUUGCCAAAGGACAUUCCACGUUCUAUGCUUAUCAUGGAAGUAGAUUAGAAAAUUUUCAUUCCAUUAUCCAUUAUGGACUACAGCAACACAUGUGCAAAAAGUCGCUAUUUGGAAAAGGCAUAUACCUGUCUAGUGAAUUAGGAGUCAGUCUACCAUACAGUCCUGUGGGUUAUGGAUGGGGUGGAAGUAUAUUAGGAAGCGAUUUGAGUUGCAUAGCCCUAUGUGAAAUCAUCAAUCACCCUGAUGUAAAAAUAGGUGACACAGAUGAUCGCACGAGAAACAUAGCACCAGAGUCUAUUGGUGGCAAAGUUCCAAAUAAAUACUGCUUGGUACUCAACAAUGAUUUAGUGAGAAUAAGAUAUCUCUUGGUAUACAGUCAAGAAUUCGGCCGCCUAAGGCCUUCACAUAAUAAUGGAUUUUUGGGAUGGCUAAAACAGCACAAAUUGUUAACUUUUAUGCUUAGCUACGUAGUGUUACUAGCAUCUGUUGGUUUAUCCCACAACAGAAACGUUGAGAGAUACGUGAGAUCAUUUAUCCAAAAGUUUGGACUGGACUGAUAUAAUGGCUAACUAUCCGACUGUGUGAAAAUUCAAGUGACUUGUUUGUUACCUGACUUGUUUCAGUACAUGUAUUCUUACGACUCAGUUAGGAAAUAAAAAUAAAAUUUUCCAAGUUCAAGUUGGUUUAUCAAAAUAUGACGUAUGUACAAUAAAAUAUGAGAUAUGUAUAAUAAAACUGUACAGAUAACAAAAUAA